GGGAAAUGGCGGCGCCGGAGGGCGGCUCUGCCGCGAUGCCCGCGGCUUGUCCCGCUCCGCCUGGUCCCUCGGCUCCCGGCUCCUGGAGCCGCUCCUUGGACCGAGCCCUAGAAGAAGCGGCGGUCAGCGGGACCCUCAGUUUGAGCGGCAGGAAGCUCCGGGACUAUCCGCGAGCCAGCGCCGCCAACCACGAUCUCAGCGACACCACCCAGGCUGACUUGUCACGGAACAGACUGUCGGAGCUUCCAGCUGAAGCCUGUCACUUUGUCUCCCUGGAGACUCUUAAUCUCUACCAGAACUGCAUUCGAUAUAUCCCAGAGGCUGUUUUGAACUUACAGUCUUUAACGUUUCUAAAUAUCAGUCGAAACCAGCUUUCAACAUUGCCAGUACACCUCUGUAGUCUACCACUAAAAGUUUUGAUAGCAAGUAAUAAUAAGUUGGUUUCAAUACCUGAAGAAAUUGGACAGCUCAGACAGCUGACAGAGCUUGAUGUGAGCUGUAAUGAAAUACAGACAAUACCUCCACAGAUUGGCAAUUUGGAAUCCUUGCGAGACCUAAAUGUCAGAAGAAAUAAUUUGGUGCAUUUACCUGAAGAGCUUGCUGAGUUGCCUUUGAUUCGAUUAGAUUUCUCCUGCAAUAAAAUAACAACAAUACCAGUUUGUUAUAGGAACCUCAGACAUCUUCAGACCAUCAUGUUAGAAAACAACCCUCUCCAGUCCCCCCCUGCACAGAUAUGUAUAAAAGGAAAAAUUCAUAUAUUUAAAUACCUGAACAUAGAAGCAUGCAAGAUAGCUCCAGACUUGCCUGAUUAUGAUAGGAGACCCAUGGGAUUUGGAUCAUGCCACGAGGAACUCUAUUCCAGUCGUCCGUACGGAGCACUCGAUUCUGGCUUCAAUAGUGUGGACAGUGGAGACAAAAGAUGGUCAGGGAAUGAACCAACAGAUGAGUUGUCAGAUCUCCCAUUACGUGUGGCAGAGAUCACCAAAGAGCAGAGACUGAGAAGAGAAAGUCAGUACCAAGAAAACAGAGGGAGUGCAGUUGUAACUAACGGUGGAGUGGAACACGAUCUCGAUCAGAUCGACUACAUUGACAGCUGUGCUACAGAGGAGGAGGAGGAGGAGGUGAGGCAGCCCAAGUGCCUGGACCCAGACAGCCUCAGCUCCCAGUUCAUGGCGUACAUCGACCAGCGGAGGAUCUCCAAUGAGAGCUCACCAGUAAAGCCUGUAUCCAUCAGAGAAUUUCAGAGAACAGAGGAUACAAGACGACAUUUACAUCAAAACAGGGAUACAGAUGAAUUACGGAGACCUGAAACUCUAAAUUUGAUGCAGGACAGAGAGCAUCACCAAGUACUAAGGAGUUAUGUGGACAGGACAGAGAGACCCCUGCCUGAUUCACCUUAUUUUCUCUCGCUAUCAAGUCACCUCACCCAGGUGCCUAACGCGGAUUCGGAGCUGCACCGCCGGCACAUCGAGCGCACCCGUCGGGAGGCGCAGCUGGCAGCCCUUCAGUAUGAGGAGGAGAGGAUGAGAACGAAGCAGAUUCAGAGAGAAGCUGUCUUUGACUUUGUUAAGCAAAAAGCCUCCUUGAGUCCUCAGAAACAAAGUCCAAUGGAUAGUGAGUGUCCCUUUCCAUCCAGAAGGUCUCAGCAUACUGAUGAUAGUGCCUUGUUAGUGAAUGGCUUUGAGCCUCUCUUUGUGUUUGAGAUUGACAAUAACACCAAUACCAUUAAAAGGAGGCCAGGCACUCGCAAACAGUCACUCUCAGGGCUGAACCAAGAAAGCUGUGCUACUACCCUGCCUAGUGCCUCUACCUUCAGUCCUGUCAAGAGUGAUGACAGAUCUACCAUCACCCCUGGCUCACCUACCGCUCAGACAGUCCACCUUUCCCCUCCAUAUCCUGGCCAUGCAGCCCCGCCUUCCUAUAGAAACCCUUCCCAGCGACCUGAGAGUUUCCUUUUCCGAACAGCUGUCAGGGGUGAAGCCAAGAAAGCUGUUGCUUCAUCCUCUGCCUGUGCCUUGUCUCCUGCUAAUGAUUCUGCAGACCCUCGAGUGAGACAAAACUCCAAACAGCGGGAGGAGGAGCUGGAGCUGAUAGAGCAGCUACGCAAGAACAUCGAGUCACGGCUGAAGGUGUCGCUGCCCAGCGACCUCGGGGCGGCUCUCACGGACGGCGUCGUCCUGUGCCACUUGGCCAACCACGUGCGGCCCCGCUCCGUCCCCAGCAUCCACGUGCCCUCACCUGCUGUUCCUAAACUUACAAUGGCAAAGUGCAGACGAAAUGUGGAGAAUUUCUUGGAAGCUUGCAGAAGGAUUGGAGUGCCUCAGGAGCAAUUAUGUUUGCCUCUGCAUAUUUUAGAAGAGAAGGGUUUGACACAGGUAGCUGUGACUGUCCAGGCGCUCCUGGAGCUGGCACCCCCAAAGCAGCAGCCACUUCACCACUUGUCUGCUGUGUAAAGACCUCCGGGACCUUUUGGGUUACCUUGGCUAAAGCAGAAGGACCUGAAGACUUUACUGCCCAUGCAGUGCAUCCAAACACACAGAGCUCUGUUCUAAGGAAAUGAGUUUCCGUGAUUCCUGACAGGAAUGUUUUACUUCAUUUCUCCGUUUUUUUGGAGAUCACAACAGUUUCCAGUAACAUUUUUUACUACCAGUAUUUUUGCCCCUUAUUUAAAAAAAAAAAAUGAGAGUUUGUUGGGAGGAGGGCAGGGAAUUCCAGUGGCUGGCUGUUGGAGCCAGCUCUAGAAACUGACCUUGCAGGAUGAAGAAAUGGGUUUAGAGUCUGAAAAGCAAUUCCUAGGGGAAUUUGUUAAAAAAAAAAAAAAAAAAAAAAAGUUGCUGCAGUGGGCACACGGGAAUUAAAUUUCUUAUACAGGGUGCAAAGAAAUGGAGUUUCUAUUAUAAUAUUUUAAAAAUUGCAUCACACAAUCUUAACCUGCAGUAUUUGAUAACAGGGUCAAACCUCACACAGCUGUCACUUGCCUUGGCAGGUCCUCAUUACUAAAAGUUGAAGAAAAAACCCACUUUUUUUUUUUUUUUUUUCUUCCCCAAUGGAAAAAUUACUGUAUGUUUUCUCUGCCAGAAACACCUUUAGUAAAAGAUGCUAAAUCCCAUCUGUUCAAAUGGGAUUAAUCCCAUCAGCAUUCUUGCUGGGUUCACUUUCAGUUUGAGUUCUAACACGUCUUUAUCUGAACACUUUUGCAACAGCAGUGGAGGGAGAUUGCCCGUGUCCUCACAUCCCCUUCUGGCGGUUUGUGGGAUCACCAGGAUCCCGUACACUUCCCUGCAGUGGGAACGGUGCCAGCCUGCCCUGCUGGUCAUUCGAAGCCCUUCCAGCUAACACGUUUCUGAGGGGCUGAAGCAUCCCCUGCAGGCACAGAACGGAUCAUGUUAGAGCGGAUCUCAAGUUCCCCAGGUGGGCUGGGUGUUGUCAGAGCAGCGUCUGUGCUCAGGCAGCUCUGAAGGGUUAGACAAGGCUUUCAAUAAAGCCCUUUAUUGGAGUUUAUGUAGAGAGAUGUGCUGGUUAUACAGAACUGCUAUUACUUCAUUCCUCUUUCCUUAAGGUAAAAAUGGAAAUUCACUGUACAGAAGUGGGAGAGGCAGCUGACAAGUUUUGCAUUUUCCUGGAAAGCUGAUAUGCAAAAUGGAGACAGGGCUAUAUGCUCUGGUCCUAGUGCCAAGGCCGAGCUCACUACCAGAUCAAUUAAGAGUAUUUUUUUCCCCCCACAAAAAGGCUUCACAAAAUCCUGCUUUCCACCCCUGCGGUUUCUUUGUCAGGUGUUACCCAAUUUAAAGCAUCCCUGAACAUUAUGCUACUACUGCAUGGUACAUGAGGUUCUGAAAGCAACUCCAGGCAUCAGCCAUAUUCUGUCUGGGAUAUAUUUGAAGCAGAAUACACCAAGAGAAUUGUAUGCAGAUAAAGGAAGAAGAAAUGGGAACAAAUUAGCUAAAAGCUAUUUUUGCAGAAGUAAAACCUGCUGUGGGAGCUGCCAUGGACAGGUCUUAGCUGCAUUUGCCCCCUUUUGAUUUGCAGUUUUGUUUCUGUUUUGUUUUGCUUUGUAUAUUUCUUUCAAGGGCCAUUGUGGUGAUUGUUGAAUCCCCUGUUUCUCAUAAUUAUUCCAAUUGUUUCUUAUUGGCAUUGGUUGGUCACAUUCCAAGUGAAGAACACCUGGAAGGUGUUAAGAGUGCCCAGCUGCAAAGAGAAACCUCCUCGUGCUGGGCAAAUGCAAUGCCCUGAGCCCUGCAGGGAGUGCCAGGAGCAGCUCCACCCAGGCAUUCUCACCACCGUAAGCAGUUUUUGUGUUUCACUUAAUGCCGUUGGUGAGGAGCUUUGGCUAUUCCGGGGUUACACAGAGGUGUCUGAAGUGUCUGCUGCAGUUUGCUGAGGGGAAGGUGCUGCCACUCACAGGACACAGAGUGUUCCUGGUUCCUCUGCUCGUAAUUGGAGAGACAGGGAAACACUGAAUUCAUCGUGGUUUCCAGCAUUAGGUCACCUGUUGUUACAGGGAUAGUUGCAUUUAGCAGCACACCCAUCAUGGACUAUUUAAAUACCCCUGUUUGAAGAAAACCAUUCCCUUCAUGGAAUUGCAAGGGUGUGGUGAUUGCUCCAGCACUUAAGGAAAAUGAAACUUAGCAGUAUUCAGGUUGGUGGAAAUUUUGUCAUUUAAUUAACAGUGGUUUUUAAUGGGGUGGGGCUCGAGUCUGGCCUGCCCUUUCCUACUGCCAUGUGUGGCUCACAGCCCUGAGUGGCUCGUGGCCACCUGUGGCUGGGGGCCAGGCAGGCAGCGGGACCCUGGCACCAGGUACUUUGUUGUGAGCAACGUUCACUCUGGCAGUUUCAGUGUAGGCAAUUGUGUUAGUUUGACAUUUGUAAUCUUAUGUUUUCAGGCUGGCAAGCGCUAAAUCUUGUCCACACGCUUAGGUCAAAAAUACAAACCUGAAGUUUCAUCGGACGGUUUAUUUAACGUGUUAACACCAAACCCGCUUCAGUUCUCUCUUGCAAAAUGGGUUGGGAUUUUUCAGUGUAGUUAUGUGCAAUUUUUGUUGUAUCCCAUGAGAAGAGUAUUUGAAAGAAAACAUGUAUAAAGUUCUAUUCUGUGUGUUAAAGCAAAGAAGAGGCUGUCCUUCCUCUUGGGGGCAUUUGCGUUGGAGAAUGUAGGAGGGAUCCACCUCAGUGCUGGGUGCUGCUGCUGUUCACUGACUCCAUGGUGUCACGUUCCAUCCUCAAACCUGGUGAGCCCUGAGCAGUGUCUGAGGCUCUGCACAGCCACACACUCCAGGCACUCGGGAGCCCCUAAUGGCACUGGGGGGCCAGGGCAGAGCAGCUGGGGUUCCCCCUUCGGAGGAGAGGCUUUUGUAAAUGCCCCACAUCCUGCUUAAAGUCCACCAGGGACAACUCUUUACAGCACCGGAGCACCUCUGUUGUUCUCGGUAGCAGCAGGAUGGUGUUCAUACCCCUUUAUGACUGUAAAUGGUUCUUUGAAAAACGGUUUUAGAAACAGAGGACUGGUAAGGUGAAUUUGGACAUCAAAAAGUUCUUUUGUAUAGAUAUUGUGAUGUUAUACAAAGUGAUCUAAUUUUGUUAUUUCUGAAAACAGUGUAAACGUGUAAGUAAUAGAGUAAAGGAUUUUAAAGCUUCAUCCCAUGCUGUAUGUCUGUAAAUACAUUCCAUCCUUUCUGUUACAUAUAAAUGUGUCUGAAUAUUGUAUAUUUUAAAUCGCCUGUAUUCUGCCAGUAGUGUGAACUUCUAGCACAUUGAUAAUAUAAAAGGAAACCAUGGGUAUUUGAAAUAAAGUUUUAAAAC